AUGUGCAAGUUCCAAUCAGCUAACAAGCUACUCUCAUCUAGUUGGGACGGGAAGGCUCACACGUAUGCGAUUGUGGAAUCUCUAAAACCAGCAGACCAGGUAACUGGACUAGACCUAUACAUUUUUGUAGUUCGUCGUCGAGUCGACAAGAAGACAAAGGUGACGACCUGUUAUGUCGAUGUCAAAUCAGAGCUUCUGCGAGAUAUUUUGAGAGAUGUCCUGAAUGAUAUCAAGGGGAUUAGCCUGAACGAAAGCAAGCUUUCUGUCGAGCAGAACCUACUCUAUACCACCCUUCCCGAGCUCGAGUUGUGCAAAAGCCGGAAUGAAAUCGCUCCUCUCGAUCAAGAAGGAACAUUACAUCUCGGAUUGCUUGUGGACUACCUGAGAAGCGCAUAUGCAGAUACGACCCAGAGUAUACAGUCUCUACUACCCACCGGCGACAUUACGUACGACCUGCUCUGGGCCCUCUUCAAGCCGAAUGCCUUGGUCUAUACCACAUGCUCCGGAACACAUAAGCCUCGAUGUGUCAGAUACAACUUUGGCGGGGAGAAGAAAACCAUGGCGGGCACGAAAUACUGGAGUCUCGACUGCAGCUAUCUGGGUUUCAAUGGCGAAGACCUCGGCUUGUUCCCGAUUGAAUUGAAGAUCGCCAAGUUCCGUGGGGCAAAGUAUAUCAAAGCCCUUGAGGCUUUCCCACUCCAAUAUCAUGCGGAGGCCAGAACGGUUCGGGCCGACCUCCUUGGAUGCGGACGGAAGUUCAUGUCCUUGAGGGGCACUUACCAUCGUUGCUACAAUGGCAGUGCCUUUUACGUGCGUGAUGGACAACAGGUGGAAGUACGUAUCGAUGGUCGGAUUAUGGUUGAUGCUGCCUGCUUUCGAAAGAUGAAUCCAAACUAUUUCAGGCCGACAGCCUCCAGUGAAGCAUCUUCUGACGAUGGCUCGAUUGUAACAUCUUUUGACCUGGCAAGUGAAACAUCCCCUGACCAAUGCGAAGGCAGCGUUGUGGGGCAGGCAGAGACGACAGACGAAUUCCUCCUCAUUUGCUGUCCCACAGUGCCAGGGUUUAGCCUCAGACACAAGCUGUGGGUUGAAUUCGCAGUUGCCGAUAUAAAGGAGAUCGAGUGGUCCUCGGCGCCUUUCGACUGCCUAACCCUACCCGAUGAGCAAAAAGAAACUAUAAUGGCUGUGACAGAGACCGAGGCCAGUCGCGAUCCAGAUCACGAAUUUGACGACUUCGUUAAUGGGAAGGGGCGUGGCGUCAUUGUUCUUUUGCACGGCAAUCCUGGGGUGGGAAAGACGUUGACCGCGGAGGCGAUAGCAGAACAUCGCCAGAAGCCGAUAUACUCUAUAUCUGCCGGAGACCUGCCGACCGAUACAAGUCAGCUCGAGAGCCAGCUCUUUAAGAUCUUUCAGGUUGCAAGACAUUGGGAUGCAAUCCUGCUGCUCGAUGAGGCAGACGUAUUUCUCGAGAAGCGUGCACCCAAGGAUAUAGUCCGCAAUGGCGUCGUCUCAGUGUUCCUCCGCACGAUGGAAUAUUGCCAAGGGAUCAUGCUCCUUACAACAAACCGUGUAACUGAGUUCGAUCCAGCAGCUCUUUCUAGAAUUCAUCUGAAGAUGAAAUAUGACGACCUGAAGAGUAGUGCGAAAGGCGAGGUAUGGAGGAUUUUCCUCAGUCGGGCGUGUACCGCCUACGGAGAUCCAAUCAUUUCCGAUGGCGAUUUGAAACGCCUGAGUAACGCUCAUUUCAACGGUCGGGAGAUCAGGAAUACAAUUGCUAUAGCUCGUAAAAUAGCUAUUAAGCAGAAGAGUAUUGUACUUUUCUCACACCUGGAGAAGGCUGUGGCCGCGAGCAAGGAGUUUCUGAUCGAGUUCAAUGGGCCAGACCAUGUCAGUAGCGUUUUUCUCUAGUGGGGGCAUGGUAUUAUGGAUGCGAAGGCUUUGGAGGAUUGGUGUAGAUUGUACAAAUGGGCUUGUAGUCAUGUUUCGGUGGGAAGGCGGUGUAUAGACUCAGGGAAAGUGUACCAGAUUGCAGAUAUAGGUGGUGUGUCUUUCUUUCUUUCGGCCACUUGUAGCCAGGGAGGAAAGCACGUUGAUGAGGAAUGCAUAGGCAGGCACUGGUGCC